AUGCCGCCAGAAUACAACCCCCACACGCCCGGCGAAGUGAGCUACGCCGUCGCUGGCCCGGCCGACGCGACCGCCGUCGCGGCGCUCGUUGCGCGCGUGUGGACGCGCUUCUUCGGGCACUCGGUCUCGGCCGAGGACCUGGCACAGCACCUCGCGACGAGCCUGCACCCGGAUACGAUUGGCGAGGAGAUCGCCGACGGGGACAUGGCGUUUGUCAUCGCCACCGUGGACGCUGAGCGGAGCGAGGCGGCCGACGAGGCCGGGGACGUGUCCGCCGGCCCCGGGGCCAGCGCCGACGCCGACCGCGCCACACGGCACGCACGUUCGCCCGUCGUCCCCCUCGUCCCAGCGAUAACCGUCACCCCGUCGCCGUCGCCGUCCCCACGCCCUCCCUCUCCAGUGGACAGCACCCCCGGCGCCCGCACGCUAGUCGUCGGGGUCGCGCAAAUCGUCGCAGGCAGCACGGAGCCGUGCCUCACGCACCCCAGCCCCGUCGAGCUGCGGCGCUUGUACGUCGACCAAACGCAGCACGGCAAGGGGGUCGCCGACACGCUCGUCUCGGAAGCGGCCAACAUCGCCGCGCAGCGCUUCGGCGCGCAGUCGCUCUGGCUCGGCGUGUGGGAGGAUAACCCGCGCGCGAGGCGGUUUUACUCUCGCCUGGGCUUUGGCGAGGUCGGCGAGCACGAGUUUGUGGUCGGCGGCGCGGUGAGGCGCGAUAUCGUCAUGGAGCGGGCGCUGUAG